GACCGUCGCCUUGACGACCUCAGCAAGAUGGCGACGUGGAAGGGCAGGCUGCAGCCAAACCCCGGGGCGCUGAAUCCCGAGCAACGGGAGCAGCUUCGAAACUUCAAGGUUCAGACUCGGAUUGCUAACGAAAAGUAUCUAAGGACCCACAAAGAAGUAGAGUUGCUCAUAGGUGGUUUUUUCAGAGAAAUGUUAUUGAAAAGACCAGACAACAUCCCAGAAUUUGCUGCAGACUACUUCACGGAUCCAAGACUUCUCAACAAGAUUCACAUGCAGCUAAUUAAAGACAAGCACAUGGCUUAAUUAGCAAAAUCAUGAUGCUCAGCUGUUGGGAGAGACCAGACAGAAUCCAGCCUCAGGGGUCAUCUGGAAGCAUGAGAGCCUUGUUGCCAUCAAUGUGGGUUUGCAAGCUGCCUUGGGCUCUGUCUGCUGUCGCAAAGGCUUUUAAAGAUACUUGUUAAAAACAGACCUUCCUGCUC